GUCACCAAUAUUUGGCCUCUGAAAAUUCACAUCCUCCACCUAUAUAAAUACACCCGCCAUUUCAUCUAAAUGAAACAUUGCCAACAAAGAGAUUCAUACACAUACACAUAUACACAUACACACACACAAUUACACACACAACAUUAUUGAAAUAUGGGUGCUUUUGUGAUUCCUCGUGGCCUCCUCAUUGUUCCUAUUCUUGUUCUUCUGUUUGUGUCUUAUAGCUCAGCAACAGAAGUGGUCACUAUUGAUGUUUACAAAGCUAAAGCUCUUCUCCAUUUAGGAUACACUUAUAUUGAUAUCAGGACUGAAGGACAGUAUAAGAAUGGUCACGUAGAUGCAAAGAAAAUUCUGAACAUUCCUUACAUGUUCAAUACCUCCGAAGGUAGGGUGAAAAAUCCUGAUUUUGUGAAGCAGGUUUUAUCAGCUUGUGGCAAAUAUGCUCGUCUCGUCGUGGGUUGUCAAACUAGAUCGUGGUCCAUUAAUGCAACUACCGAUCUUGUUAAUACUGGUUUCAAGCAUGUAUUCAACAUGGAUGGGGGAUAUGCAGCAUGGGUGGAGAAAGGGUUCCCUGUGAAAAAACUCUCUGGAACAGAAGUGGUCACUAUUGAUAUUUACAAAGCUAAAGCUCUUCUCCAUUCCGGAUAUGGUUAUCUUGAUAUCAGGACUGACGACGAGUUCAAAAAUGGCGUUGUAGAUGUAAAGAACAUUCUAAAUAUCCCUUACUUGUUGAAUACCCCUGAAGGUUUUGUGAAAAAUCCUGACUUUGUGAAGCAAGUUUUAUCAACUUACGGCAAAUAUGCUCACUUUGUUGUGGGUUGUGAAGUUGGAUUGAGGUCUCUUAAUGCAACUACCGAUCUUGUUAAUGCUGGUUUCAAGCAUGUGUUUGAUAUGGCUGGGGGUUAUGCUGCAUGGGUGGAGAGUGGAUUCCCUAUGAAGAGGCCCUCAGGAAAAGAAGUGGUCACUAUUGAAACUUACAAAGCUAAAAAUUUUCUCCAUGCAAUAUAUGGUUAUAUUGAUGUCAGUACUGAAGAGGAGUUCAAGAAGGGCCAUGUAGAUGUCAAGAGCAUUAUAAAUAUCCCUUACAUGUUCAAUACCUCUGAAGGUAUGGUGAAAAACCGUAACUUUGUGAAGCAGGUUUUAUCAGCUAGAGGCAAAUAUGCUCAUCUCGUCGUGGGUUGUCAAACUGGAUCCAGGUCUAUUAAUGCCAGUACUGAUCUGGUAAAAGCUGGUUUCAAGCAUGUGUUCUAUAUGGAUGGAGGCUACGCUGCAUGGGCGAAGAAUGGGUUCCCUGUGAAGAAGAUCUCGGGAACACAGGUGGCCGCUAUUGAUAUUUACAGAGCUAAAGCUCUUCUCCAUUCUGGAUAUGGUUAUCUUGAUAUCAGGACUGAAGACGAGUUGAAGAAUGGCCAUGUAGAUGUGAAGAACAUUCUAAAUAUCCCUUACUUGUUAAAUACCCCUGAAGGUUUUGUGAAAAAUCCAGACUUUGUGAAGCAGGUUUUAUCAGCUUACGACAAAUAUGCUCAUUUCGUCGUGGGUUGUGAAAUUGGAGUGAGAUCUCUUAAUGCAACUACCGAUCUCGUUAAUGCUGGUUUCAAGCAUGUGUUCAAUAUGGCUGGGGGUUAUGCAGCAUGGGUGGAGAAUGGGUUCCCUGCAAAGAGGCCUGCAGGAAAAGAAGUGGUCACUAUUGAAACUUACAAAGCUAAAAAUUUUCUCCAUGCAAUAUAUGGUUAUCUUGAUGUCAGGACUAACGAAGAGUUCAAGAAUGGCCAUGUAGAUGUAAAGAACAUUACAAAUAUCCCUUAUAGGUUCAAUACCACCGAAGGUAUGGUGAAAAAUCCUGAAUUUGUGAAGCAGGUUCUAUCAACUUGGGGCAAAUUUGCUCAUAUCGUUGUGGGUUGCCAAACUGGAUUGACGUCCAGUAAUGCAUCUUCUGAACUUGUUCAUGCUGGUUUCAAGCAUGUGUUCAAUAUGGAUGGGGGCUAUGCUGCAUGGGUGGAGGAUGGUUUUCCUGUGAAGAAGCCAUAAGUGGAGCUUUAGUCAUAUGAUUUUUGUUACCUAAGAGGCAUGAAAUAAGAAAUAUGUAUAUUUCUAUUUCUAAAUAAUUUUGCUUCACAAUUCUUGUAUUUUGUAUUGUAUUAUUGAUUUUUUCACCCGAAGGAUUAUACAAUAAAUUCUUACCAAAUUUUAU